AUGUCCGAAAGAGGUCAUUUUCGUGGUGGUGCUCGAGGAGCCGGCGGAGGUCGCGGUGGCCGGGGUGGCGGAGGGGGACGAGGAGGCGGUUCCUCACAACAGACCAAUCAGCCCCAUGAAAAGCCAAAGAAGGAGAACAUCCUCGAUCUGACCAAGUACAUCGACAAAGAGAUCACCGUCAAAUUCAACGGCGGUCGAGAGAUUAUUGGCACCCUCAAGGGCUACGACCAACUCAUGAAUCUCGUGUUGGAUGAUGUCAAGGAAACGAUGAGAGACGACGAAGGCAAUGAGACCACGCGAUCUUUAGGGUUGAUUGUGGCGAGAGGCACCCUUCUCGUUAUGAUUUCACCUCUUGACGGUAGCGAAGAGAUUGAGAACCCUUUUCAACUACCCGCCGAAGACUAG